GAGGCCAACUGUGUGUUGUGAGCUGGCAGAUCUUCAGCAACAUCUUUGAGAAAUGCACUAUGAUUUUAUCUGUGGUUUUCUUUAUUUACUGAGUCACACUUUGUAACAGAUUUCCCUGAACUUGGAGACUAAAUACCUAGCAAACAUCACCAGCAGACUGCAAUCAGUGAUUGGUUUAGGUUCAGUUAACUGUGGAUGUUAAUUUUCUUUCUUUCUUUUUGUCUCUCUGCCUUUCUUGUUCUGGCCUUCGAUAGAAUUUUGAUACAGAUGGUUAAUGUCUGAAUUUUCAGUGUGGACACUGCCUAAUCCAUUCAAAUUGUCUCUUGGGUUGAGGCUUUUCUGAGCCAGUUACUGAAAACUGCUAUAUAAAGCAUGUGCAUGAAGUUGUUGUUUUGUUGUUCUUGUACUAGGGGUUGUCAGAACUGUGCAACAUGACAGAGCUUCAUGAAGCUGUAGCUCUGGGCGAUUACGAUUUAGUGAAUAAGCUUCUGAAAAAAGGGCUUUUUGAUGUGAAUUACAAAGAUAUGGAUUGGAAUGACAGGACACCACUGCACUGGGCUGCUGCUAAAGGACAAUCAGAGAUGGUAAAGCUACUUGUGCAGCAUGGCGCUCGCCUUUGCUUGAGAACUGACGUGGGUUGGACUCCAGCUCAUUUUGCGGCUGAGUCAGGAAGACUGGGCGUUCUAAGGACUCUUCAUUUUUUGCAUGCCGCCCUCGAUACAGCAGAUCUCUAUGGGGACACUCCGAAAAGGAUUGCAGAAAUCUACGGACACAAAGACUGCGUGAAGUUCUUAGAAAUAGCUGAGGUGGAGUGCAGGGACUACCGUUUGGUGGCAGGAUUGAAAGAGAUUCAACUGGACCAGACAGAUGAAGACUGGGAACUCAAGAAAGAAGAGCUUGAGAAAAAUACACCCUGUGUUCAAGCAAAAUCUACACUCUCUACUCAAAAGAAAAACAGAGGAAAGAAUGUGAAACAGUAGAGUCUUCAGAUUCCUUUGAACUAGGGAAAGUCACAGAGAGCUAGUCAAAGACACUAACAGACCCCAGAUACAUCUGGAGUAUGAAACAUACACUCAGUGCUUGUUUACAUGGUGCUUUAGUCCACGUCAGAGGGGUAAAUUUUAGUCUGCACUAGCAUGCUGCGUGCUAACUGGCUUGUGUGUGCCCUGCUGGCAUGCACCGAAAUUCUCUAGUGUGCAUUACCGUAGCCCUGUUCUAGACAAGCCUAUGUUAAUGUGGGAACUUUUAGUAUAUGCCACUAGGGUCCACGUAGGUCAGUUAGUGCAUGACACACUAGUGGGGACUAAAAUUGACACCCCUCUGGUGUGAAUUAAAGAACUGUGUAGAGAAGACCUAAGAGAAAAAGCAUAUGGUCUGUGUGGUGGGUUGUACAUAUGGCUAUUAAUGGGAAAUGGCUAGAAGUAGUGGAUCUGGCUAUUGUGACAAAGUCAGUCCUGACAGACAGAGUGGUAGAGGGCAGACAUAUCAAUCCUUGAAUGGAAAAAUUCAAAACAAAAACUUUGUUUUGUUUUAAUUUGAAAAAAAAAUCACUUUUUCCUUUUCUCCCCUGGGAACACUUUCUCACUCUUUCUUCUCCCCUUCCUGUUUUCCAGUGAGGGAAAAAAGUUAAACUGUUUUUUACCUACUGAAAUUAAAAGAAAAGAGAGCCCCUACUCAAAAGAGUUUGCAAUCUAUUAACUUUUACUUCAGUCCAGCAUUGUCAAUUUACACCUGUUGGCCCAUGAGUCAUAAGCUCUCUCAGAGCAAAAAAUAUUCCAUAUAUAUAUAUAUAUAUAUAUAUAUAUAUAUAUACACAGACACACAGAGUUCACAGAUCUCAGCAAUCCCUUAACAUCUUUGAAGUACAAUACAACUUUAUUUGGUACACAAACAGCAUCCUGAAAUGCUUUACAGAGUUAAUAACACAAUGCCAUAAAUAAUAGCAGAGUGGGACAGCAUUGAAGAGAGAUAUUUUUCAGCUCAGAUAUGAAAAGAGAUGAAGGCCACUGCUAGAGGCAGGGGAUCCAUCUAAUCAAGCUAGCACUAGUCUGUUCCAGUAUUCCUAUGCUGCAUAAACCUCUACAUGUAAUUGAUUUGACUGGAGUAACCCUUCUAAUAACUACACUGAUAAUAAUUGUCAUAAAUAUAAAGGGAAGGGUAAACCCCUUUAAAAUCCCUCCUGGCCAGAGGAAAAAUCCUCUCACCUGUAAAGGGUUAAGAAGCUAAAGGUAAUCUCACUGGCACCUGACCAAAAUGACCAAUGAGGAGACAAGAUACUUUCAAAAGCUGGGAGGAGGGAGAGAAACAAAGGGUCUGUGUCUGUCUGUAUGCUGCUUUUGCCAGGGACAGAACAGGAAUGGAGUCUUAGAACUUUUAGUAAGUAAUCUAGCUAGGUAUGUGUUAGAUUAUGAUUUCUUUAAAUGGCUGAGAAAAGAACUGUGCUGAAUAGAAUGACUAUCCCUGUCUGU